GAAACAAGUCCUGAUCUCAUCUGUCACAAACAGAUGCUCAUCACACCGGUCAUCUCAACACCACUUCUGUUACAAGGAUGGACCAUGACUGGCAUGGCAGCAGGAGAAGUGGUCACCGCAGCAGACACGAUGAGGAUGAGGAUGAAUCCGUCUAUAUUGGCGUUCCAGUGCCACGGGAAUACAGAAGGAAGUGCAGACAUCACAGACACACGUCACGGCAUUCCCACGAUCGGGACGGCCGGGAGAGACACCAUAACCGCCAUGAACACCAGAAUCAAGAGGAACCAUGUGACCCAGAUGAAGGAGAGCAGGAUUCAAACGAGCUCUCUGACAUCAACUCCACCAUGUCUCCUGCUGCAGAGAGACUACGCCACAUCCUCAGAGAGGAAGAUGAGCCCACACCCACCCUCUUCACUGAGAUGGACACACUGCAGCACGAGGGUGGGGAGAUGGAGUGGAAAGAGUCGGCCAGGUGGGUUAAGUUUGAGGAGAAGGUGGAGGAGGGUGGAGAGAGGUGGAGCAAACCGCAUGUGUCCACGCUGUCUCUGCACAGCCUGUUUGAGCUGCGCACCUGCCUGCAGACGGGCUGCAUCCUGCUGGACCUGGAGGGCUAUUCACUGCCGCAGAUAGUGGAUGACAUAAUUGAAAAGCAGGUGCAGGAGGGUCUUAUAGCUCCAGAGAUCCGUGAGAAGAUCAGUUUUGUCCUCUUGCGGAAACACCGACACCAGACCAAGAAGCCGAUCCACCGUUCAUUGGCGGACAUCGGAAAAUCCAGCCCCUCGAACCGCAGUCCGAGCCCGAGUUCUCGCUCUGGGUCGGGUUUCCAUCGCUCCACUGAGGACCUGCGAGCUCGUCAGAGCGGCAGCCUCAGCAAACUGCAUCCUUCUCAGUGCCGCAGUAUGAAUGAUAUUUGCGUCACACCCAGCACCGACCAGCUGAAGAAUAAGUUCAUGAAGAAGAUCCCCAGAGAUGCCGAGGCGUCUAAUGUGCUGAUUGGAGAGGUGGAUUUUCUAGACAAGCCGUUUGUGGCCUUCGUACGUCUGGCUCAAGCCGCAACGCUAGGAGGCCUUACUGAAGUCCCUGUGCCAACAAGGUUUCUCUUUGUGCUGCUCGGUCCCAAUGGCAAAACCAAAUCCUACAAUGAGAUCGGUCGCGCCAUGGCUACACUCAUGGUUGACGAUCUGUUCAGCGACGUGGCCUAUAAAGCCAGAGAUCGUGAGGACUUGAUUGCUGGGAUUGAUGAGUUUUUGGAUGAGGUGAUAGUUCUUCCUCCUGGAGAAUGGGACCCCAAGAUCCGCAUUGAACCCCCGAAGAAACUGCCUUCAGCAGAGAUGAGGAAGUCUGUUUUCUCUCUGAAUGAGCUGGGGCAGCCGAAUGGGAAUGCAGGAGGAGGUGCAGCGUCUGCAGAAGACGAGGACCUGCCGGCUCCACAUGAACUUGGAGAGGAGCUGAAAUUCACUGGCCGAUUUUGUGGAGGACUGUGGCUGGACAUCAAGCGUAAAGUGCCCGGGUUUCUCAGUGACUUCUAUGAGGGCUUCCACAUCCAGUCCGUCUCUGCGGUGCUCUUCAUUUACCUGGGCUGCAUCACCAAUGCAAUCACCUUUGGAGGACUGCUGGGGGACGCAACCGACAACUACCAAGGUGUGAUGGAAAGCUUUUUGGGCACGGCUUUGGCCGGCGUGGUCUUCUGCCUCUUCGGUGGUCAACCCCUCAUCAUCCUCAGCUCUACAGGACCGAUACUGAUCUUUGAAAAGCUGCUGUAUGAAUUCAGCAUAAACAAUGACAUAGACUACAUGGAGAUCCGGCUCUGGAUCGGCCUGCACUCCUGCCUCCAGUGUCUGAUCCUGGUGGCCACAGACGCCAGCUACAUCAUCAAGUACAUGACACGCUUCACCGAGGAGGGCUUCUCCAGCCUCAUCUCCUUCAUCUUCAUCUCUGACGCCCUUAAGAAAAUGAUGAGCAUCUUCAAUUAUUACCCCAUCAAUCGAGACUUCAAGCCAGAUUACCUCACCAGCUACAGGUGUGACUGCCAGGCUUCUGAUCAAGUGGCUCUCAACUCUUCUUCUCCAUUAGGCCUAGAAAACAUCUCUGAUUACUCAAUGUUCAACUUCUCUGCUCUGGACUGGAAUCAGCUGAGUAAGAAAGAGUGCUUGAGUUUCGGCGGUUCCCUGGUGGGCAAAUCCUGCAAAUACGUCCCUGAUCUGGCCAUGCUGUCUUUCAUUUUGUUCUUCGGCACUUACUCCAUGACCAUCUCGCUCAAGAAGUUCAAGGCCAGCCGUUACUUCCCCACAAAGUGUCGCACCUUGUUAGCGGAUUUUUCCAUAAUUGUAUCCAUCCUGGUCUUCUGCGCUCUGGAUUAUGUGAUGUCCUUGGACACUCCCAAACUGCAUGUGCCCACCCAGAUAAAGCUUCGGAAGCUCAUCAGUGAUUUUGCAAUCUUCAUGUCAAUCAUGACAUUUGUUGGUCUUGAUUUGUUUAUGGGGCUUAAAACACCUAAACUGAUUGUGCCAACCGAAUUUAAGCCGACGCGGCCGGAUCGAGGCUGGAUCGUUAUGCCUUUUGGGAAGAACCCGUGGUGGAUGUGCUUGGCUAGUUUUGCACCUGCUCUUCUGGUCACCAUCCUCAUCUUCAUGGAUCAGCAGAUCACGGCUGUCAUCGUCAACCGAAAAGAGAACAAACUAAAGAAAGGUUGUGGUUAUCAUCUGGACCUGUUCUGGGUGGGCAUCCUCAUGGCUGUCUGCUCCUUCAUGGGUUUGCCCUGGUACGUAGCAGCCACAGUCAUUUCCAUCGCCCACAUCGACUCUCUGAAGAUGGAGAGUGAGUCCAGCGCUCCUGGCGAGCAGCCACAGUUUCUUGGUGUGCGGGAACAGAGAUUCACAGGCAUACUGGUGUUCGUCCUCACUGGGGUCUCUGUCUUCCUUGCACCGGUACUGCAGUACAUCCCUAUGCCUGUGUUGUAUGGUGUUUUCCUGUAUAUGGGCGUCGCUUCUCUCCAUGGCAUCCAGUUUUGGGAGAGGAUGAAGCUGUUCCUCAUGCCAGCCAAGCACCAGCCAGAUUUUGUCUUCCUGCGGCACGUACCCCUGCGGCGCGUGCAUCUCUUCACUCUGGUGCAGAUCACCUGUUUGGCCGUCCUCUGGAUCCUCAAGUCCACUGUGGCCGCCAUCAUUUUCCCUGUCAUGAUUCUGGGCCUGAUGGUCGUGAGGAAGACUCUGGACCUGAUCUUCUCGCAGCAUGAUCUGGCCUGGCUGGAUGACAUCCUGCCCGACAAGGACAAGAAGAAGAAGGAGGAUGAGAAGAAAAAGAAAGAGAAGAAGAAAGCCAAGUCGGAAGAACACAACAACAGCGAUGAAGAGUGUACCUGCAUGCAUAUCAUCUGUUGCAACUGUGUCGUCUUCUCCCAGUCAAAUUGUCCCAAAGACUCCCUCCCGUCAGUGAAGAUUCCUCUGAAGCCAGUGAGUCCGUCAUGUUGUCCAGACCCUCCUAAUUCUGACCCCUCGGCCUAACUGAGUUAUCACCCCUAUUCUUGCGGCCCUGGCGAACUGAACCUGGAUCUGGACAGAUUGACAUCCCUUACAUGAACCUGAAGCAUCCGGCUGAUCAAACACACAAACCACAUUUGUCCUCACGCUUACGAUGAGAUACCAUCUGAGUCACAAACACAGCAUCGCUGGCGCUUUCCCAAACACACGAGGCUCACAGAUGUAUGAUAUUUUUGUGUACUUUAACCAACGCAGCCAGUGACGCACGUUUCCAAACCCACAUUGACCAUAUUGUGCGUGAGUCAUUCAGACCUUGGAUUUUACUCAAGAUCCUUCAUUUAGAUCUAGCUGAGCUGUGCCAGUGUGAAUGGCUGAGCUCACAACACACAAACACUUGCUGCGUGUUAAGAUCAGCUCAUGAGAUUUUAACUCUAUUCAGAGAAGACCUGGAAAGACUCAAAUAAGAAGCAGAAGAGGUUUAAACUAAGUUUAUGAUUUUAUUAUCAUAUUGUAUAAAUAUAUUUGAACUGUAUGAUAUUAAAUAUGUAUUUCAUAGAAUCUAGUGAGAGACAGUCGCAAAUAAAUUCAAUUAUAGUUAGAAAGACAGUGUAUCUAGUAAAUUCAGUUGGAUUAAAUUGGUUGUCUUUCAAUUAAAACAUAUAUUCCAAACAUAGAUUCUGAGUUCUUAUUGUAGCAUUUUAUAUUUAAAAAUCAGAAAUGUGUAUCUGAGUAAUGCUGAAAUGUUUCCAGACAGUAAUAAAUGCGUCUUUGUGAUCUGUGAGAACAAUGCACAGACUUUGUUUUAUUCAGAUUCUGAUUGUUCACUCGUGUUUAGUUCAAAUAAAGAAUGAAAGAGGGCCGAAUAUAUUUUCAUUGUCAACCCUUA